AUGUUAGUUGAUAGUCAAAGAACAAAUUUGCCAGAUGAUAUCUCAACCUUCCCUUUAGUUGGCAGUUUUGGUUACGUGAAUUACAUAGAGGGAAACAUAAUUACCUUUGGUACAUCCAAUGUAGGGACAUAUGAGAACAAUUAUAUAUUUUUCGUUUUGGAUGCUGUGUAUUAUGGAGUUUCCAAUGUCUACUAUUUCGUAUCGGACACAUUCGUAAAUAGUCAUCGUUUCCAAUUUUAUACAAAUAAUUAUGAAGCUGGAACUACUCAUAAGGUUAAUUUUUAAAAUAACGUUUUAACCAAUCAUGAUACAGGUGUUUUGUACUUUCAUGCAUAAGUCCAAGAUGAAAACAUUGGAAGAGUCGAACUUGCUCCUACAGAGUUUAUUAAUGAAGGUGCAAUCUGUUUGUUUUAUUUUCAAGCUUUAUUCAACACUGUUUAUGAAGGUGCUGGUUGUAUAGCUUUAAAUUCAUAUUCAACUGUCAGAUUAGAGUCAGGUUCCACAGCUACAACUGACUUGCAAGUUCAAUUUAAAGAUUCUCAAUCGAAAUUAAUUGAAGAUAUAGGUUAUAAUCGUUUGUCAAUUAUAAUUCAUGGUUUUGGUAAUGGAAAUUUUAUUGUAUUAGUUGCAGGUAUUACCGGUUUCAAUUAUAAUACUGACAGUGGUAUAUUAACUUUGCAAUCAAAUGAUGCUAUCAAAGAAUAUGAUAUUGGUGUAGGUUAUAAUCCAGAGUUAUUUGAAUUGACACAAGUUUAUCUUACUACUGGUACUGAUGGUAUUAUAUAUAAUGGUGAAGUUCCUAUUGAUUUACGUCCAUUACCCGCAAGUUGUGCGUUAUGUGAUGGUACAUUUUAUAAUUAUGGUUAUCUCACUGAACCUACUGCAGCAUAUGUAGGGGUAGAACCAGAACAAAGUAUUGAGUUAGUUACUAAAGACGAAGGUGGUACAUGGUACACGUCGUAUUUUCCACUCGUGACAACAUUCACAACAAUUAGAACAAUUGAUGAAGAACAAAGAACAAGCACUCUCACUUGGUCAUACACCAUUAGCUCAAGGACUUUUUAUACUAUAACUCCUACACCAGAAACAAGAGAUAUUAUAAGUACAUUAUCAAUUUAUGAAACCAAUGUCGAGCAAUUAGAGACUACAAUAACAGCUUUGGUUAUUCAAAGUACAGACGCUUUUGGUGAUUGGAUAACUACUACAUUUACAAGUUUAUUAGCAGUUGCAGUUGCAAGUGAAACAAGAAGAGUUACUUUACUGGGUGAAGAUGGUGAAUUCAUUAAAGAUGCAGAGGUUAUUACAUAUAAUUUUGAGAAUGCUGAUAAUUAUUAUAUUACUAAUACUUUGGAUGAUCCAAUUGCAGCUACAGAAACUAGAAUUAUUGAAGAUGGAGAUUACACGGAGGUUCAUAUUGUCACGUCAGAUGAAGAUAAUUGGUGGUAUACCACAAUUUCAACAAUUGAAAGAUCGUCAUACAUUUAUACUACGACUUUAACAAAUGAGGAAGGAGUUGGUACAGCUACACAUAUUAUCAGUGCCAUUCAAGAUCAAGAUGAUCAGUGGAUAACUCAAACUUCAAUUUAUUCUAUCGAAGAUUCUAAUGAAUCAACAACAACCGAUGCCGUAAUUGUUCCCACAGAAUCUGUUGAUCCUGAACUUCCAUUCGAAUUAGUAUUAAACUUUGAAAAUGAGUUGGAAGGCUUUUCAUCGAACGGUACUCAUUUAACAUUAUUUAAUGGUGAUUACGUUCAAUUUUUGAUUGAAGACACGUACCUUAGAGUAUCUGAAAUUGGAUAUGUUCAAAUAUCGGAAACUGGGUUAUUAUUAGUUGUGCCAAAGGAUAUUGCAACACCUGGUUGGUCAAUGGAAGGUGAAAAGUUGUAUAAUAUUGAUUAUUUAUUUGAAGAUUUCUCAAUGGUUGAAGAAUCAAUAAGCAAGAGAAAUUAUGAAGUAUAUUUUAGCUUUUAUGAAGAUGGAAAUGGAGGUUAUGUUGUUUUCGCUGGUGGAAGAGGUUGUAUGAUUAUUGAAGUUUAUGCAAUUCAAGCAAUUGAUGAGCCAAUUGACACCACAGAUGAAGCAAGUGAAACAGGAGAUACAUCAACUGCGAAUGAUAUUUCUACAACAGAAUCUGCUGAAACUACAACUACUUCAGCUGACCCUUCAUCCAUAUCUAACAUAAUUGUUGAGUCUACAACAAGAUGGGUAAAUUCAACUACUCAAUCCCAAGGAUCACCAACCUCAUAUACUACAAUAUUUACAAGUUCGAAUGAUUUAGGCAAACUAACUACAGAUGUUGCUAUUAUUCAUGUUGAUGAAAAUACCAUUACAAGCACUCAAUACGUUCAAUUAACAACUUCAAGCUAUGUGUCUACAAGUAGUAUUUAUACUACGACAAAUGGACUCGUUGUUGAAUUAAUGGAAGUUAUUUAUGUUAUUUUACAGGGAGAUAUCGAGUGGUGGAGAUAUACUUCAUUAUUAGCUAAUUCAAUAUUGCCGACAGUAUCAUCAACAAGAACAAAUGAGAUAAUUCCACAAGAAACUAGCGACUUGUCAACAUCUAUAGAAUAUGUAACUAAAGUUAUUACUGAUUGUGGUGUCACACAAUGUACUAAAAGUGAACAAGGUGAAGAAAUUACAAUUGUUGAAACUGUAACUUAUUGUGGUAAAAAACAAUGCAAUAAAGAACAAGAGAGUAAAUCAAUUGCUAACGAAGAAUCAUUAUUAGCUAAUUCAAUAUUGUCGACGGUAUCAUCAACAAGAACAAAUGAGAUUAUUCCACAAGAAACUAGCGACUUGUCAACAUCUAUAGAAUAUGUAACUAAAGUUAUUACUGAUUGUGGUGUCACACAAUGUACUAAAGGUGAACAAGGUGAAGAAAUUACAAUUGUUGAAACUGUAACUUAUUGUGGUAAAAAACAAUGCAAUAAAGAACAAGAGAGUAAAUCAAUUGCUAACGAAGAAUCAUUCAUCAAAAAUAGCCAUGAAACAAUUGUUGAAACUAUAACUGAUUGCCAUACUAAAGAUUGUCAAAAUAGCAAUAGUAAAGUUCAAUCUACAAUUAAAUCAACUACAAAAGCAGAUAAAUCUUCAUCAAUUUUACAAAAUCAAGCUCCAAUUUUGAUCAAAACUAUUGAUGGAUCAAUAAUUUAUGGUCUGGUUGAUGGACUGAGAACGUCAAUCACUACAUCGAAUGGAAAUCAAGAAUUCAAUGAGAUUAAUGAAGGAGAGGAUAUUAUUGCAGAUGCGAAUGAAGAUACAUUAAGUAGUUCUUCAACCUCAUUCGAAUCAUCUUUAUCAAUUGAAAAUCCAUCAACUUCAACACAAGGUUUAGCUAAUAGUUUGAAUAAUGGCAACAAUGGUAUUUUAUCUUUCAUUGUAUUUGCAUUGGUCAUGAACAUUGUUUGA